AUGGUCACUGGGGGAGGCACUUAUGACGAUGGCCAACCCAUUUACCUUGCCAACUUAUCAGCUAUGGAGUUCGAGAUGGUCUUGGCCUGGCUGGAGCAUGCAAGAUGGCAGCCCUGUUCCUUUUCUCCAUCACUUCCUCAACUCAUAGCUCUACUACAGUCUGCCCGUUUUCUCAUGAUGCGGUCAUUACUGCGCCAGGAGAUACCCCUUCUCAAAGAUUCCUGGCUUCGACCUCCUGUGGGUGCACUUAUCACUACAUCCCUCGAAAACAUUCUGGGCUUGUCAUCGGAGCUCAAUGCAAGCCUUCACACUACAGUACUGUCAAAAAUCAUGUUGGCUCGGGAGACCUUGAAUGCGAGGCGGAUUCUCCUUGCCUAUUCAAUUCCCAAGGAUGAUGGAUCUAUCUCUCCUGCGGCAGAGUGUAGUGCUGAGCACCAUAGUACGCGUUGUUUCCAAAUCUGGGUGGCUGUCUGGUGGGGAAAGGUAGCCCGAAAGAUCCUUCACCCAGAUCCCAAGGAUAGGUACCUGCUUUCAAAGCUUGGGGUAUAUCUCCAUUCUCUGACUUUCGAUGGAAUGCCUCCUCAAUGUGUACUGAACUUCAUCUAUCGAGUCGAGUCAAGUGGGUCCUUAGAGGUAGAGAAUGCUAUUAUAGACAAGGCAACGUCCUCAGUGAAGGCUUACCUCUGCACCCUACAUAUGAAUGCUGAUGAGUUCAACUUUACUGAAGAUGAGGAACGGGAUGACAUGGCAUAUAAUUUUUAG